GUGUAUGAUACUACGCAUAUAGUGACCAUACAAUAAAUGAAGGUGUUCGUCCAACUCUCCGUAAUUUGUGCCUUAGGGUUAUCCCUACAGCUACCGCCUGAUGUUCUAGAGCUAUGGGAAGCAAACGUAGCCCCCUUUUUGGAUACGUGCACAAAAGAAAUGAACGUUGAUCCUGAAAUAGCAAAAAACAUGUUUCGGCAUGUUCAUUUACCGGACGAACAAACAUUUCAUUGUUUUAUGUAUUGUAUCUUUCAGAAGCAGCGUUUUCUCAAUUCCGACGAUGAAUUAGAUCGGGAGCAAAUGUUAGAGACGAUACAGACGUUAACUCCUGAUUCUUUGCAACUAUGUAUUGAUGGUGCCGCAGGUGUAACAGAUGUGUGCGUAAAAAUGUAUAAUUUGACAAGGUGUAUUGUGCAUGAUGUUGCAGAAUGA